AUGCCUUCAAUUUCGGAUCUGUUUUCUAUAGUAACAGACCGCUCUCGUUAUUCACAUCACAGAGAAAGAUGGCUUGUCGGCAGUUAUGGGCUUCAAGAGCUGCAUCAUACCUCAGGAUCUCUGUCUUUCACAGAAGCUUCUCUUAUGCUUCACACACUUUUUUCAUCCGGUUUGGUCCAUAACAAUGUUAUUGAAUUUGAGACACUAUUUGGAAUUUUAACUGUCAAAAAGAUCCCUUCGACCGAUGCUACCGGUACACCGAACUCGCAGAAUGGUGAUUCCAAGGACAAAGGAAGGAAGUUUGUUGAAACUAUUGAGCUUCAAAUUGGCCUCAAGAACUACGAUCCACAAAAGGAUAAACGUUUCAGCGGCUCCGUCAAGUUGCCUCACAUCCCUCGCCCUAAGAUGAAGAUUUGUAUGCUUGGAGAUGCCCAACACGUUGAAGAGGCAGAGAAAAUUGGUUUGGAGUCAAUGGAUGUUGAAGCUUUGAAGAAGCUCAACAAGAAUAAGAAGUUGGUGAAGAAACUUGCCAAGAAGCACCAUGCCUUCUUAGCUUCUGAGUCUGUCAUUAAACAGAUUCCCCGUCUCUUGGGUCCUGGUCUCAACAAAGCAGGCAUGUUUUUAUCCCCUGGCUUAGGAUUUUGGAUAUUUUGAGAACAUUUAGCACAGCUGUUU